ACAUAGAGAGAGAGAGAAGAAGUACUUUACCACUUUUAUACGCAGCACGCAUCCAUCUUAACAAAAACACAACACAAGAAGCUACAAAGUACAAACAAAGAGUGUUGUGUUUGUUUGUUGUUCAAAUACCAGCAAAGUGAGUUUCUUUCACAUUCAUUCAUGUUCAUGUCUUUCUUCUUCAUUCACUUCUUCAACUUCAACAUGUUACACAACAAUACACUUUAAGAUGAAGGCUUUGCACUUAACUUUUGAGGAAUUUCAAGUGAAGGGAGUGUUGGAUAAUUUCUCUUCAACUUCAAAUUCAGUUUCAGAUUCAUUUUCAUUGCUUUUGAAUCAACCUCAGCAACAAAAUUGGUCAUUAGAUAAAGAAGAUUAUUGCUAUGUGGAGCCCACUUCUGUUCUUGAUUCAAGAAGAAGCCCUAGUCCUCCAUUUUCAUCUUCAACAAUGUCAUCUUCUCAUGGUAGUGGUAGUAAUGGUAAUGGUUCAAACAACAAUACUUCAAUGGUAAUUUCUGAGAACCUUGCUCAUCUUUCAAAUGAUGAUAAUAGUGAAGAAAAAUGUGGUGGUGGUGGUAUGAGAAUGGAGGAUUGGGAAGGUCAAGAUCAGUCACUUUUGAGGUUAAUUAUGGGAGAUGUUGAAGACCCUUCUGCUGGAUUGAACAAAAUCUUGCAAAACAGUGGUUAUGGUUCUCAAAAUGUUGAUUUUCAUGGUGGUUUUGGUGUUUUGGAUCAUCAACAACAACAAGGGUUGACAAUGAUGGAUGCUUCGGUUCAACAAGGGAAUUACAAUGUUUUUCCAUUCAUUCCUGAGAAUUACAAUGUGUUACCGCUUUUGGAUUCUGGUCAAGAAGUGUUUGCUAGGAGACAUCAGCAGCAGGAAACACAGCUUCCAUUGUUUCCUCAUCAUUAUCUGCAGCAUCAACAACAACAACAACAGUCGUCGGUUGUUCCAUUUGCGAAGCAGCAAAAGGUGAGUUCUAGUACUACCGGAGAUGAUGCAAGCAUCCAGCUUCAGCAGAGUAUAUUUGAUCAGCUAUUUAAAACUGCUGAGCUGAUAGAAGCUGGUAAUCCGGUUCAAGCGCAAGGGAUAUUGGCGCGGCUCAAUCACCAGCUCUCACCAAUUGGUAAUCCUUUUCAAAGGGCUUCUUUCUACAUGAAGGAAGCCUUACAGUUAAUGCUUCAUUCAAACGGUAACAAUCUCACGGCUUUUUCGCCGAUUAGUUUCAUUUUCAAAAUUGGAGCUUAUAAGUCUUUUUCCGAAAUAUCACCUGUUCUUCAGUUUGCCAACUUUACUUGUAAUCAAUCCCUCAUUGAAGCCUUGGAAAGGUUCGAUCGAAUUCAUGUUAUUGAUUUCGAUAUCGGGUUUGGAGUACAAUGGUCAUCUUUUAUGCAAGAGAUUGUACUAAGAAGUAACGGUAAGCCUUCACUUAAGAUUACUGCUGUUGUAUCACCCUCGUCAUGCAACGAGAUUGAGCUCAAUUUCACCCAAGAAAAUUUGAGUCAGUAUGCAAAAGACCUCAAUAUAUUGUUUGAGUUCAACGUUUUGAACAUUGAAUCGUUGAACUUGCCGUCGUGUCCUCUACCGGGUCAUUUCUUUGAUAGUAAUGAAGCCAUUGGUGUGAACUUUCCUGUUUCCAGUUUCAUAAGUAAUCCAUCAUGCUUCCCUGUGGCUCUUCACUUUUUAAAGCAGCUAAGGCCGAAAAUUGUCGUAACUUUGGACAAAAACUGCGACCGAAUGGAUGUCCCGCUUCCUACCAAUGUUGUUCACGUUCUUCAAUGUUACUCAGCUUUGCUUGAAUCACUUGAUGCUGUGAACGUGAACCUCGAUGUACUCCAAAAGAUUGAAAGGCAUUACAUCCAACCAACCAUCAACAAAAUCGUCCUCAGUCACCACAACCAGCGUGACAAAUUACCUCCAUGGAGGAACAUGUUUCUUCAGUCCGGUUUCUCUCCCUUCUCAUUCAGCAACUUCACGGAAGCUCAAGCCGAGUGUUUGGUUCAAAGGGCACCUGUGAGAGGAUUUCAAGUGGAAAGAAAGCCUUCCUCUCUUGUGCUAUGCUGGCAGAGGAAAGAACUCAUCUCAGUUUCAACUUGGAGAUGUUGAUAAGUGGCUAAUUAUUAAAUGUUGAAAUUUCUUAAGGUGAUUGGUUGGUGGUAACUUUUAUGUUGAAGUUUAUGUAAUUGUUUGUGUAAUUUUUUUAGGCUUAUUUAUGAGAUUCAUACCCUAAUGUUUGUGAACUAAAUGGGUUGGUAUCUAUGAUUUCAAAACUCUAUUAUUAGUAUGAUGUCUCUUUGAACAUUGGUAGUAGUAAUUAUGUAUGCCUUUCACUGUUUCUCUGAUAUCUUGAACACAAUGUUAAUUGCUUAGUAAGAAAUGAACAAUUUAGGCAAAAAA